ACCAGUUCCUGAUUGCAACCAGGAAAUGGUCGAAGUUCAACCGAAAAGGGUGUUUCGGCAAACUUGGUUUUUGUUUUCCAGUUUAUAAACAACAAUUGAUUUGUUCGCUCUCGGAGUGUUUUAUCCCCAGUCCCUGAUGGGAAUUGGGAGAGUGGAUUCCCAGAAUGUUGCUGAUCCUUCUCUCCAUCUCUUUGUGUUUUUCCUGGGUCUCUCCCGAAUCACACUCCCUGAGGUAUUACUACACCUCAAUGCUGAACAGCAAUGACUUUCCUAAAUUCAUUCAUGUUGGAGUUUUGGAUGAUGUCCAGAUAACCUACUUUGACAGUGUGAUCCAGAAGAAUAUCCCUCGGCAGCCGUGGAUGCGGACAUCACUGACGGAUCAAUAUUGGGAACAGGAGACACAGCGGCUGAUUGACCGACAGCGUCUGUCCCUCACCAAUGUGGAGAUAGCACAACGGAGAACAAACAGCAGUAAACAAGGUUUGAACUACCUGCAGUAUACCUCAGGCUGUGAGGUACUGGAGGAUGGGACUGUCACUGGAAAACGACAGUACGCCUUCAACGGGCAAGAGCUGAUCAGCUUCGACCUGGAUCACAGCCUCUGGGUUGCUGUCUCCCCGUACGCGGUGUCGACCCAGGACAAGUGGAACAGCAACAAGGAUGACAACGAGUACAAGAAACAAUACACAAAGAGAAUUUGCGUUGAUUGGUUAAACACGUACCGUGGUUAUGGUCAGGCAUUCCUGAAUCGCAAAGUUGUCCCUGAGGCAAAUGUCUACUACACAAAUGGGCAUAAUGGCAACCUCCACUGCCUAGUCACUGGCUUUUACCCACGGUCGAUUAAUGUGACCUGGCUUGCAGACGGAGUGCCAGUCUCCGGAACCCACAGCACAGGCAUUCUACCCAAUCACGAUGGCACCUACCAAAUUCGAGUAACUUUCCAGAUCGAGCCCGGGGAUGACCGGAAUCACGUGUGCCAUAUUGAACACAGCAGCCUGCCGGCACCACUGAAGAGAAUAUGGGAGAAAGGUGGCAGUGUGGUACCAGGGAUGAUUGGCGCUAUCUUUGCGCUUGUGCUGCUCAUUUUCUGCAUCGCAGCUGGCAUUUACUACAGGAAGCACAAAGCUGAAGUGAAGAAAAGGUUCUCCAGCUGUUUCACACAUGGGUCAGAGUUCAGCGGCACAUCAACCAGUUGUGAAGGCAGCCAAACACUGCACGGCAACAAUUCAGACACCAGUGAAAGUGAAAAGCCUCUUGUCACACCUCCUUCCAGCGAUACCAGUACAAGAGGCAAUAUGCACAGUGUGCAAGAACCACUGGUUACGAAGCCAGACCCUUCUCUGCCCGAUACUGGGGCUGCCCCUGAUCACAUGAUGGUGGAAAUUGAAAAAUAGCGUUUUGCAGCUCUUGCUUCUCUGUGACACUUUCUCACUCUCUUGAUGUGAUUUGAAUUAGACAGUAAUAGUUUAUAAAUAUGAACAUUCACACUCUGCUGCUGUCACAAUCUGCCAUUUUAAACUUGCUUUAUGUUCAGUUACCUUGGUAACCGUGAUACAGUGGUAAAAUCACAGCACUGUUAAUCACCAAGCUGAUGGUCUGGGGACCAGAGUUCAAAUCCCACCAUGACAAAUGGUAAAAGGUGUGUUUAAUAAUAGUCUAAAAACCACUGUGAAUUGUUCUUGGGAACCGGGUUGGUGGACGAACGCCAAGUAAGCAAGGAAUUCAGUCAUCCUUUCCCCUGUAUGUGACAUUCCAGAUCCGUAACUCAGCUGAUCCACUCAGUGUCCUUUCCAAGGGCCAGAGGCAUCGGAUCAGGCAGUGCUGAAGGUGCCCUCUGAGCCCUUCCUGAUCCAGGAAGAAUCCUCUCCACACUCUCCCUGCCCUCCGUUUACCUGCCCCAUUAAUUGCAGAGGGUGCCUGGCUCUCUCUCAGACCUGGGAGAAUAAGCAAUAAAGAUCAAGAGAGCACAGAAAGGAAAGAGUGAGUUGUCACUGCUCUCUCAGCUGCAUCUGACCAAGGGUUAGAACCACUCCAUUGAAUACAGGUCCAGUCUCACACUUCAUAUCAAACACACUGGAAAACUGGCACCGAAUACCCUUAUAACAGAGAAUUGGGAUCAAGAUUGUCAAGAUUCUUGGCAUAAUAUAUUUUUGUAACCAGACAUUGUGUUAUAAUCUAUAAUACAUUCAAGGGCAGCUUAGCGCUCGGGAGUGAACUAACAUCAUUUAUUUGAUAGUAGAAUGGGUUAGUGCUUAGGGAGUUUUAAUCUGAGGGGAGGUGGGGUAAUUUAAUGUUCAGAACAAAGUAAUCCUCAGUGGGGUGGGGGUGGGAAUAAUGCUCCGAGCGUAUUAAUCCUCGGAAGGGAUGGAGUUCAGACUGGGGAGUUAAUACUCCGGGAGAGCCUCCCAAGCCAAGAGUUCAUCAAUGCUCAACGUGGUUGUUGCAUGAAGUGUAUUCAUACACAAGAGUUAGGGUUAAUACUUGGUGAAUUUUAAUGUUUAUGGGAGGGUCUUUAAAGUGGUCGGAAGUGGAUUAAUGCCUGAUGAAGGGCUUUUGCCCGAAAAGUCAAUUUUCCUACUCUUCGGAUGCUGCCGGGACUUGCUGUGCUUUCUCAGCACCACUCUAAUCGCGAUGAAUGCUUUGAGUCAGGGCUUAAAACCUGAAUAAUCAAAGGGGCACUUGAUUCUUGAAUGGUGGCUGAAUUCGAUGGGAGAAGUAAUGUUCUGAAUGGGUUAAUUCUUGGAAGGAGAUUAAUGCACUAGUAGGAGGGUUAAUGCUGUGCUUGGAUUACUCCUUGGAGGGGAAUUAAUGUGUCGAGGCAAGAGUUAAGGCUCAUGUAAGGAGGAUAGAGGUGGGGUGUUAGAGGUUUCUUGUUUGACAUCGAAACAUAGACAGUAGGUGCGGGUAGACCAUUCACCACCAUUCAGUACGAUCAUGGCUGAUCAUACAAUCUCAGUGUCCCAUUGCUGCCCUCUCCCCAUAUCCCUUGAUCCCUUCAGCUGCAAGGGCUGCAUCCAGUUCCCCCUGUGAUAUGCAGAAUGAAGUGGCCCCAGUAACCUUUGGAGGAGAAUUCCACAGCUUCACAACUCUCUGAGUGAAGAAAUUCUUUUUCAUCUCAGGCCUCAAUUUGAUUAUUGAUCUGAGGGCAUAAUUGCUUGAAGAUGGGAAUUAUAAUGCAUUAAAAUUAUAAUUUUCAAUUAUUCCUCUUUGCUAUUCUGUUUUAUUUUUACUUGUUUUGUGAAAACAAUAAAGAAUUUAAAAACCU